CCUAUUACUUUUAUAUGUAUAAAAAUCAAAUUAGAAUUUUGACAAGUAUACAUGGCUGAAACUGUGGAAAAAACGGAUAUAGCAUUUAAAAAUCUGGAAUCACGAUCUAAAUCAUCUGUCAUAAAAAGAAUGAUUUUUUGUUUCAAUAAAAAAUAUAAACGUGAGAAACAAAUCGAUUCAGCAGAGGAGAAUUUAAUCAUAAAUAAAGAUACUGAAAUUGGUGAAAAGAAAAAUGAUACAAAUAAACAAGACACAGAAGGUGAAACAAAGAAAAAAUUAACCAUACGUGAAAGAAUUCAAAAGUUACCAAGUAACCUUAAAGAUCUAGUUAUUGAUUCAUCUGAAAGUGGAUACUAUUAUUGGAUUGGAAUUGUUACAAUCACAGUACUUUACAAUGCAAUUGUUUUACCGAUGAGAUCUGCAUUCACUCAAUUUCAUGAAUUAAGUCCUAUCAUUUGGAUGGUAUUAGACUAUUGUAUUGAUUGUGUCUAUUUUAUGGAUAUAUUUGUUGGAUUACGUACAGGUUACUUAGAAGAAGGUUUAUUAGUACGUGAUAAAGAAAAAUUAAAACAAGCUUAUAUUAAACGACGACAAUUUAUUAUUGAUAUAAUGGCAAUAUUGCCAACGGAUUUAUUUUAUUUUAUACCAGUAUUAAAUCAUUAUGCUUCAUGGUUAAGAUUUAAUCGUUUAAUGAAAAUUUAUAGAUCAUUUGAAUUUGUUGAUAGAACUGAAACACGUACAAAUCGACCAAAUUUAUUUCGUAUUUCAAUGCUUACUACUUAUAUAUUAGUAUUAAUUCAUUGGAAUGCAUGUAUUUAUUUUGGAUUUAGUCGGGCUACUGGUUUAAGCUCAGAUUCAUUUGUUUAUCCACCACGUUCCAGUGAUGAUACAUCGGAUGAAUUUAAAAAUUAUACAGAACAAUGGGAUCGAUUAUUUUCUCAAUAUGUUUAUAGUUUUUAUUGGUCUACAUUAAUUUUAACAACAAUUGGUGAAACACCAAAACCAGUAAGAAAUGCUGAAUAUAUAUUUAUCACUAUUGAUUUUCUUGUUGGAGUAUUAAUAUUUGCAACGGUUGUUGGUAAUGUUGGAGCAAUGAUAACUAAUAUGAAUGCAGCUAGAACAGAAUUUCAAAAUAAAAUGGAUGGUGUUAAAAGAUAUAUGGAAUUUCGUAAAGUUAACAAAGAAUUAGAACUUCGAGUAAUCAGAUGGUUUGAUUAUUUAUGGACUAAUAAACAAUCAUUAGAAGAGGAUAGUCUUAAUGCUUUACCAGAUAAAUUAAAAGCUGAAAUUGCUAUUCACGUUCAUUUUGAUACAUUAAAACGUGUUAGCAUAUUUAAAGAUUGUGAUCCUGGUCUUCUAGUGGAAUUAGUACUUAAACUUCAAUUACAAGUAUUUUCACCAGGUGAUUAUAUAUGUCGAAAAGGUGAUAUUGGCAAAGAAAUGUACAUAGUUAAACGUGGUAAAUUAAGUGUAGUAUCUGAAGAUGGUAAAACUGUAUUUGUUACACUUGGUGAAGGUUCUGUAUUCGGUGAAAUAUCUAUAUUAAAUAUAGCUGGCAAUAAAACAGGUAAUCGUAGAUCAGCAAAUGUACGAUCUGUUGGCUAUUCUGAUUUAUUCUGCCUUAGUAAAGAUGAUCUUUGGGAUGCAUUAACUGAAUAUCCAGAAACUAAAACAAUACUUAUGCAACGUGGUCAAGAUAUAUUACGUAAAGAUAAUUUAUUAGAUGAAGAUGUAUUACGUAAAGCUCAAGAACAACAAGAAUCAAUAGAACAAUGUGUUCAACGUAUUGAUGGUACAGUAAAUCAAUUAACAACACGUUUAGCUAGAUUAAUUGGUGAAUUUGGUGCUAGUCAAGCAAAAUUAAAACGUCGUUUAGCUAGAUUAGAACAAGAAUAUGAUAUGAAUUCAUCCUUUUUGGUACAAGAUAAUAAUAAUAACAUUUCUAAAUAUAGAAAAUAUAGUGAACAAUUAACAAAUGAUAGUCAAUUACAAAUGAAUACACAAUUAGAAUAUAAUAGAAAAUCAAUUCAAACAAUAAAACAAAAACAAGGUAGUAAAUUGAAAAUUAAUCAAAAACAACAUAAUAUAUCUAAUAGUAGUUCAACAUCAUUAUAUGAUAAACGUGAAUCAUUAAGUUCAUUAGGAUCUAAUAUAACAAAUGAAACAUUGCCUUUUGCACAAGAUGAUGAAUAGAUUCAGAACGAGACUAUAAUAUAUGGACAAAUCAAUCAGAUAUAAAAUAACACAUCUUGGAUAUUGACAUGAAAUUCACUUAACCAUUUGGAUAAAUAUAGAGUUUUAGCAUUAUAGCUAAUAUCAAAUCGUAAUGAAAACCCGAAAUCUAAUCCCUAAGCUUAAUUACUUACUUACGCCUGUUACUCCCAAUGGAGCAUAGGCCACCGACCAGCAUUCUCCAACCCUUUCUGACCUGGGCCUCCCUCUCUAGUUUUAUUCAAUUUUUGUUCAUUCUUCUCACGUCUGUCUCCGUUUCUCGGCAUAAUGUGUUCUUUGGUCUUGCUCUUCUCCUUUAGCCCUGAGGAUUCCAUGUGGGGGCUUGUCUUGUGACGCAGUUGGGUGCUUUCCUCAACGUGUGUCCUAUCCUCUUCCAGCGCUUCUUCUUGAUUUCUUCCUUCCUAAGCUUAAUUAUCAAUUGUAAAUUAUAAUUCUUCACACAGAUUUAUAACCCUUAUUUAGUCCUGAUUAUGAAGUGGACAUUUUCAAAGUGAUUCUAGAGUUCCUUAAAGGUCCUACAUAAAUUAUAGUCUCAUCGAUUUUUCUAUUUCAGUAA